GGCCUGGUGGGACCCACCUUCCUUCACAGGAGAUGCUCAGCACCUGAAGCACCUCCAUUUCGCCAGGGGCUGGAGUUGAGAAGCAGAAGUUCCCAUCGAGGAGUCUCCGUUACAUUUAGGAUUGGAAGAGCAGCUGGAGAAUACGGGAAGCCGGUCUGCCUUUGCUUUUCCAGAAAUGCCACCAUCUCCCAGCAGGACGUUAAUCAGUAACGGUCCCACAGGACCAUACUUUGGAAUAGCAAAUAUUUGUGGCAGGCUUUUGGCUGUAAACCCUCGCCUUCUGUUUUGCCUUGAAUGAAGCACCUUCCCAGGCACCUGGGGGCCAGUCACUGGUUAGAAGCCGCAGAUUAAAGAGAGGCCUUCACAACGUCUAACAGCAACGGCUGGGGACAGACAUCCUCGUCCUCUCUGGAGGGGUUCCAAGGGAGGAGGCAAGACGAAGACGAAGAGGCUUUGAAGGCGUUUCAUGCCCGCAACACUCACUGUGCAAGCCACACUCAAGUCCCUGACUUUCCUUCCAGCGACCCUCCUACUCAGAGGAAGUCUUGCUGCUGAAGAAAAGUACUCCUUUGGCCUCCACAGCCGCUCAAAUGAAGGCGGCACUGAGCCUCCUGCUCCCCUGCGUCCUGGCCGAGGUGUGGCUGGCGCCCGGCUUGACCCCUGGUCCCCGGUCACCAGAGGCCCAGGCAGAGCCGGGGACCCCACAGACCCCCACUGCCCAGAAUGAGACCAGCAAGGAAGCACAGACUCCUGAGGAGGAUGAGCUCUGGCUGGCGGCCAGCGAGCAGCAGCUCUCUGAGGAGACCUCCAACUUGGGGUUCAGCCUGCUGCGAAAGAUCUCCAUGAGACACGAAGGCAACGUGGUCUUCUCCCCGCUGGGCCUGUCCUUGGCCAUCACAGCCCUGAUGCUGGGAGCCCGAGGGCAGACGAAAGCCCAGCUGGAGGGCGGGCUCCGCCCGCAGGCCCAGAACCAGACCAGGCCUGGGCACCUGCCAGCCCUCUUUCGGCAGCUUAGAACGCACCUCUCCCGCAACCGCCAGCUGGGCCUCACCCAGGGGAGCUGGGCCUUCAUCCACGAGGAUUUUGAUGUCAAAGAGACCUUCCUCAAUUUAUCCAAGAGGUAUUUCGAUACAGAGUGCGUGACUAUGAAUUUUCGCAAUGCCUCACAGGCCAAAGGGCUCAUGAAUCAUUACAUUAACAAAAAGACGCAGGGGAAAAUCCCCAAGCUCUUUGAUGAGGUUAAUCCUGACACCAAAUUAAUUCUUGUGGAUUACAUCUUGUUCAAAGGGAACUGGCUGACCCCUUUCGACCCUGCCUUCACCGAGGUGAACACUUUCCACCUGGACAAGUACAAGACAGUCAAGGUGCCCAUGAUGUACAGGGCCGGCAACUUUGCCUCCACUUUUGAUAAGAACUUGCGUUGCCAUGUCCUCAAACUGCCCUACCAAGGAAACGCCACCAUGCUGGUGGUCCUCAUGGAGAAAAUGGGUGACCACUUCGCCCUUGAAGACUACCUGAGCACAGACCUGGUGAACACGUGGCUGAGAAACAUGAAAACCAGAAAUAUGGAAGUUUUCUUUCCCAAGUUCAAGUUAGAUCAGAAAUAUGAGAUGCACAAGCUGCUGAAGCAGAUGAGAAUCACAAGGAUCUUCUCCCGCUGGGCUGACCUGGGCGAACUCUCGGCUACGGCGAGAAAUCUUAAAGUAUCUAAGGUUUUACAAGGAGCAGCGAUUGAGGUCAAUGAAAAAGGAACUGCGGCAGCGGCGGGGACCCUGUCAGAAAUUAUUGCUUAUUCCAUGCCUCCCAUCAUCAAAGUGGACCGGCCAUUUCAUUUCAUGAUCUAUGAAGAAACCUCUACAAUGCUUCUAUUUCUGGGCAGGGUGGUGAAUCCAGCUGUCCUGUGAUUUCCGACACACAUGAGUACUCGGUGCAUAGCAGAUGCGCCAUCUGAGGUAUGGGAACCCACACAGGACAUUGGCUCUGGGUGGCAGAAGGGGGUGACCCCCAUCCUCUGUUGGUUUGAGCCAUUUUUAGAUAAAUUGGAGUAUUAAAUUCAAACUUACUUUAAGGAGA